AUGAAGGUUGAUCAAGUUCUUCAUAUGAAUGGAGGAGUGGGGAAAUACAGCUAUGGAAACAGUUCCUCUCUUCAAAGGAAUGUGAUAUCAAAGGUGAAGCCAGUGCUAGGAGAAAGCAUAAUAGAGCUUUAUACUUCAAUGCCAGCCGCUACAGAUUGCCUGAAGAUUGCAGAUUUAGGUUGCUCUGCCGGACCGAACACGCUUUUGGUGUUGUCGGAAAUCGUUGACAUCAUCGACGAAACGUGCCGGAGAUUAAAGCGAACCCCUCCGUGUUUAGAAGCAUUCUUGAACGAUCUUCCCGGAAAUGAUUUCAACGCCAUUUUCAAGCUGUCAUUGCCGAGCUUUUACGAGAGACUGGAGCGAGACAAAGGCAAAAGGUUUAGCAACAAAUGCUUCGUUUCAGGGGUUCCAGGGUCUUUCUACGGCAGACUCUUCCCUCCUAAUAGCUUGCACUUCUUUCAUUCUUCUUAUGCCAUCAUGUGGAUCUCCAAGGCUCCGAAGGAGUUGGUCACUAAAACAGGAGCAGCACUUAACAAGGGGAACAUUUGCGUGGCCAAAACAAGCCCGCCGGCGGUGUUCGAAGCAUACUUGAAGCAAUUCAAAAGAGAUUUCGCACACUUUCUCCAGUGUCGAGCCGAUGAGAUCGUACCCGGUGGUUGUAUGCUGCUAACAACCAUGGGCAGCAUCAAGAGCAGUGAUCCCCUCACCAUGUGGGAAUUCGUUGGAUUGAAACUACAUGACAUGGUCUCCGAGUUUUUAAAGGAAAAAGACGAGUUUGAAAAUUUCAAUCUGCCAUAUUACGCAGCAAGUAGAGAAGAAGUCAAAAGCGUGAUCGAAGCACAGGGAUCCUUCGAGCUGCAAAAAAUGGAGGUUUUCAACUUGGACUGGGACGAUUACAUCAAGAAAGGUGACGUCAACCAGGUGCUCGAUGAGUCAGCAAGGGCUGCAAUUAUUGCCAAAGACAUUAGAGCGGUUGGUGAACCUAUUUUGUCGAGUCACUUCGGGGAAGACAUCAUGGAUGAGUUGUUUCGUAGGUUUGAGGUUGAUGUCUUUGACUACAUGGAUGCACAUCAAUGUCAGUACGUUAAUAUAGUCAUGUCAUUGAUAAAGAAGGACAAAAUAUAUUGA